CCAAGUUGGGGGGAGGAGUUCCUUCAGGGAAACCAUGCUGAGCCCCACUCAGAGAAUCCUGUCUGCAGGGCUCUGCCGCAGUUAGGGGCCAGGGAGUCCUGGUGGAUGAGGUCGGAGUGCCCCAUGGUGUGGUGUUGCCUCUUUGUCCGCGCGCAGCGAAAACGGAAGCAGAGCGCCCAAGAUGAAGAUGCUGUUAGCCUUUGCAGUCUCGACAUAAGUGAGCCUAGUAAUAAACGGGUCAAACCCCUUUCCAGAGUUACGUCACUAGCAAACCUCAUCCCGCCCGUGAAGACCACACCGUUAAAGCGCUUCAGUCAAACCCUGCAGCGCUCCAUUAGCUUCCGCAGCGAGAGCCGCCCUGAUAUCCUCGCCCCUAGACCCUGGUCCAGAAAUGCCGCCCCCUCAAGCACGAAGCGGAGAGACAGCAAGCUGUGGAGUGAGACCUUCGACGUGUGUGUCAAUCAGAUGCUCACGUCCAAGGAAAUCAAACGUCAGGAGGCAAUCUUUGAGCUUUCUCAAGGAGAAGAAGACUUGAUAGAGGACUUGAAAUUAGCAAAAAAGGCCUAUCACGACCCCAUGCUGAAACUCUCCAUAAUGACAGAACAAGAGUUGAAUCAAAUUUUUGGAACACUGGACUCUCUAAUUCCUCUGCACGAAGAGCUCCUUAGUCAGCUUCGAGAUGUUCGUAAGCCUGAUGGCUCGACUGAACAUGUUGGUCCCAUCCUCGUGGGCUGGCUGCCUUGUCUCAGCUCCUAUGACAGCUACUGCAGCAAUCAAGUAGCUGCCAAAGCUCUGCUGGACCACAAAAAACAAGAUCACCGAGUCCAAGAUUUCCUACAGCGAUGUUUAGAAUCCCCCUUUAGCCGCAAACUAGAUCUCUGGAAUUUCCUUGAUAUUCCAAGAAGCCGUCUGGUGAAAUACCCUCUGCUUCUUCGAGAAAUCUUGAGGCACACACCAAAUGAUAAUCCAGAUCAGCAGCACUUGGAAGAAGCUGUAAGUCUGAAACUGCAUGUUUUCCUGUUCCAAGAAGUGCUUGUGAUCACUCGAGCCAUCACCCACAAUGAACAGCUCUGCUACCAGUUGUACCGUCAGCCGAUUCCGGUAAAGGACCUCCUGCUGGAAGACCUGCAGGAUGGAGAAGUGAGGCUGGGCGGCUCCCUGCGCGGAGCAUUCAGCAACAAUGAGAGAAUUAAAAACUUCUUCAGAGUCAGUUUCAAAAAUGGAUCGCAAAGUCAGACCCACUCGCUACAAGCCAAUGACACCUUCAACAAACAGCAAUGGCUCAACUGUAUUCGUCAAGCCAAAGAAACGGUUCUGUGUGUUGCCGGGCAGGCUGGGGUGCUUGACUCCGAGGGACCAUUCCUAAAUCCUGCCACCGAGAGCAGGGAGCCACAGGGAGAAACAAAACUUGAGCAGAUGGACCAAUCGGACAGUGAGUCAGACUGUAGUAUGGACACAAGUGAGGUCAGCCUCGACUGUGAGCGCAUGGAACAGACAGACUCUUCCUGUGGGAACAGCAGGCAUGUUGAGAGCCACGUCUGACAGAGUGUACUUCCUGGAAGUAGCCCUGCGUCUUACCUGUACAGUAUUUGCAUUCCACACAUGGAACGGUUUGGAGAAGCACUUUUUAAUACUUUUGUGACCAUGUUGGCCCAGUCUCUUCUAUCUGUACCUUUGUCCCUAGUACUGUAACUGCCAGUCUAGUCUGUCUGUGUAAGCUGGAAUCCAUGGCAACUGUUACCCUGUAUUGUAUUUCACAAGUGUCUGGAUGGAUGGAGAGGUACUUGAACAAGUUACUUUCAAUUGCCCUGCUGGAUUUUUUAAAAAAUAGAAACAAAAAGAAUUUCUAAACUACUGUUUUAUGUAGAUUGCUUGAAGAGUUCUUCCUCCUGUGCGCCUCUAGUGCUUGUCCA